CCAUUUCAAACGACUACUGCGAAAAGGAAACUUCCAGUUUUUCAUUUUGAGGCAAACCCGAAUUUUGGAUGCUAACCGAUUAACCGAAGAUUGGUUCCUCUGAAGAAUUGGUUUUUCAAGAUCAAGAUGCUGAUAAACCAGGACUCUGGAGGAUCAAGAAGAAAGGAUAUAAUUAGUGAAUUACCUGAACCCCUUAUUCAUCACAUUCUCAGUUUUCUUCCAACCCAAUGCGUCGUUUCUACGAGUGUUUUAUCUAAAAGAUGGAGGUACAUUUGGACCUCAGUGCCUGUUAUUGAUCUCUGUGAAGUGGAAUUUCCGUCAAUUGCUAAAUUACUCGACACAAAUGAGGAGCAUGAAAGAGUUGAAAAUUUAUAUUCAUUGCAGUUUGAGAGGCUUAUGAAUUUUGUUGGCAAGAAGCUUUCUCUUCACCAUGAAACACGGGAUAUAAAGAAAUUUUAUCUUGACAAUCUUGAUGUGCAAAGGUUUCAGGUCGAAGAAUGGCUAUCUGAUUUGUUUACGAGGCAAAGUCUUGAAGAGUUUGUUUUCUAUGCAGAAAGUUUGCCUGAAGGAUUGUUUCCUUCAAGGGGAACAUAUGCAUCACUGACUAUAUUGGAGUUAGGCACAUGGGAUCCAGUUUAUCUUCCUGAUGCAAUAAAUUUUCCAAAUCUCAAGAUUUGUCGGCUUAGGAAUGCCACACUGUGUAUGCAUUCUGAAGAUCUGACCCAGCAAUUCUUUUCUAAACUCCCUGUUCUCGAAGAAUUGGAGUUGACAGACUGUGACUGGAACAUAUCUGAAUUAUUAAUUUCAGCUCCUGCUUUGAAAUGUCUGUUCAUUACUGGUCCUAGUGAAGCCGCUUUUUUUCGUGGUCCCAUUCCAAAAUUUAAGAUUAACAUUUUCGCACAAAAUCUACUGUCCCUCAGGUUCACCGACUUUGCAGCUGAGGAUUAUAUCUUGCAUCGCUUUGAAACACUCGUCAGUGCGGUGAUUGACUGUAAGCGUUUAUUAUAGAUCUCUGCCCCAAGAGAAAGAUCCAAUUUCAACUAAGUUUAUUAAAAAGCUUUCUAAUGUAAAACGUUUGAAGAUAUCUGGUGGGACUUUUGAGGAACUUUUAUUUCCAGACGAUCUCUUUACAAAUUGGCCCAUGUUCCAUAACUUGGUUUAUUUGGAAGUGGCUUCAAAGAUCUCAUUUUCUGAGGAUAAAACAUUGUUGAACUACCUCAGAAUCUCACCCAACCUAGCAACAAUUAUUAUUGCUCAAGUAAGUAUAAGUCAUUAUCCAUACCUUCUUGGGUUGAAUAAUUUCAUAAUCUUCUGAAAUUCAUUUGAGUUUUGGUGAUUAGGCGUGCAUAGACUUAUAAGUUAUACUAACACAUAUUCUUAACCAUCCAGAAAUAAAUAGACACUUGUUUGAUUACUUUGAGUAUUUUGUAGUUUUUUACCAGUGUUAUUUUUUGUUUAGUGUUUAGCAAUUCAUUGUGCUUUUGAUUUUUUUGUUAAGUUUCACACCUUGCUAAACUCUAAUGAAUUCCGUCUCUUGGGCUUUGUGGGAUACCUAUCGAGCACUGAUGGUGGUUGGACGCUAAAUAUGGUGCCUCAGUGUAUGUUGUUGCACCUCAAGGCAGCCAAUUUUUUUGAAUUUUAUGGGUGCUUGGAAGACCUCAAUGUUGUACAGACAUUUUUGAAGUAUGCAAGAGUUCUAGAGAGGAUGAUUAUCAAGUUUGAUUCAAAUUUGCCGACAGAUGAACAGAACGAAGUAAUGAAGAAGUUGCUUAAAUUUCCAAGAGGCUCCACUAGUUGUAUCAUUGAGCUCUUAUAACAUGCCAGCUUUAAUAUGAUUAAACUCUCGCUGGUUUUGUGCCAAUAUAUGCAACCUAGACAAGUUUUUGUUAUGUACCAAUCACACUGAAGUUUUUGAUAUUUUGGUUUUACAACUUUAAGUGGUGUAAGUACUUGGUUGGCAGUUUAUAUAUCCGCCUUUUUGUGCCA